GGCGCAGGCGCAGAGCGGCGGGGCGACCGCGCAGAGACGGUUCGAGCCCGAGUUGAGGGAAGAUGAAGUCGCGGUUCAACACCGUUGAUGUCCGAGUCAUCAUCUCGGAGCUACAGAGCUUAAUAGGAAUGAGGGUAUACAAUGUGUACGAUGUGGACAACAAGACAUAUCUUAUCCGACUUCAGAAGCCGGAAUCAAAAGCUGUUCUUUUGCUAGAAUCUGGCAUCCGGAUCCAUACAACAGAGUUCGAAUGGCCAAAACAUAUGAUGCCCUCUGGCUUUGCAAUGAAGUGUCGUAAACAUCUAAAGUCACGAAGAUUGAUCUACAUGAAGCAACUUGGUGUGGAUAGAAUUGUGGACUUUCAGUUUGGGUCUGAUCAAGCAGCUUACCAUUUAAUUAUUGAACUGUAUGACCGAGGUAACAUAAUUCUCACUGACUGCGAAUACACAAUUCUAAAUCUCUUGCGUUUCCGCACCAAUGAGGUACUAGAUGUGAAAUUAGCAGUUCGUGAACGAUAUCCCGUGGAUAAUGCUAAAGGACCAGAGCCUUUGCUAUCGCUGGAGAGGCUAUCCGAAUUUUUGGCGAAUACACCACAAGGAGAACAAAUUAAGAAAAUUCUCAAUCCCCACCUGGCCUAUGGAGCAACGUUGAUCGAGCAUUGCCUGAUGAUGUUUGGAUUUUCUAGCAGUGCAAAAAUAGGCCAAGAUUUUGACUUGUCCAAAGAUGGAGAGAAACUUCUGGCUGCUCUACAGAUGGCUGAGGAAUUUAUGGAGAAGACAAGAAGCUUUAACGGACAGGGAUACAUAAUAAGGAAACGUGAAAGUAAGCCAAGUUUGGAUCCUACUAAGCCACCUGAAGAGUUACUAACCUAUGAGGAAUUUCAUCCAUUUCUUUUUGCGCAACAUGCAAACAGUUCUUGCAUCGAAUUUGAGUCAUUUGAUAAGGCUGUAGAUGAAUUUUACUCAAAGAUAGAAAGUCAGAAAAUAGAUAUCAAAGCUUUACAGCAGGAAAAGCAAGCAUUGAAGAAACUGGACAAUGUUCGUAAAGACCUUGAGAAAAGAUUGGAUUCUUUGCAAGUAAAUCAGGAAUAUGAUAAAUUGAAAGGAGAGCUAAUUGAGAUAAAUCUGACUGUUGUUGAUAAAGCGAUUGAAGUGAUACGCAGCGCCUUAGCUAAUCAGAUUGACUGGACGGAAAUUGGGAGCAUUGUAAAGGAGGCUCAGGAACAAGACGACCCUGUUGCGUGCUCCAUUAAAGACUUGAAGCUGAAUACAAAUCAUAUCACCAUGUUGCUAAAAAACCCUUAUGUAACAGAUGAGGAAGAUCAAGAUGUUGAUGUGGAUCAAGAGGCUGAAAAUGAACAAACAAAAAGCAAGAAGAAAAAGAAUAAAAAUAAGCAACAGAAAAAGCUAUUACAGAAGAACAAACCGAUAUUGGUCGAUGUGGACCUCAGCUUGUCAGCUUAUGCUAAUGCUAAAAAAUACUAUGAUCAGAAAAGACACGCUGCGAAGAAAGAACAGAAGACCGUUGAAGCUGCAGAAAAGGCAUAUAAAUCGGCUGAAAAAAAGACAAAAAAGACGCUGAAAGAAGUUCAAACUGUCAUUACAAUUCAGAAAGCGAGAAAAGUGUAUUGGUUUGAGAAGUUCUUAUGGUUUAUCAGCAGUGAAAACUAUCUGGUAAUAGCAGGCCGAGACCAGCAGCAAAAUGAGUUAAUUGUGAAACGUUAUCUUAAACCAGCUGAUGUUUAUGUACAUGCUGACCUACAUGGUGCUACCAGCUGUGUCAUUAAGAACCAAAAAGGGGAGGCAGUUCCUCCACGUACAUUGACGGAAGCUGGCACGAUGGCAGUGUGUUAUAGUGCUGCAUGGGAUGCACGUGUAAUCACUAGUGCAUGGUGGGUCCAUCAUAAUCAGGUAUCAAAAACUGCACCUACUGGAGAAUACCUGACCACAGGAAGUUUCAUGAUCAGAGGUAAAAAGAACUACCUCCCACCUUCUUACCUUAUGAUGGGAUUUGGCUUUCUAUUUAAGGUUGAUGAGCAGUAUGUGUGGAGGCACGUGGGGGAGAGGAAGGUCAAAGUGAAGGAUGAAGACAUGGAGACUGUAACCAGCAGCACCUCUGACCUUUAUACUGAGGAUACAGUUCCCUUAGCUGAAUCAGAUAAUGGUGAAAGCAGUAGUGAUGAAGAUAAUGAGACUGGCCUUGAAGCCGAAAACCAAUGUGAAGAGGCGCAAGGAGAUGCAGAGGGUCAGGAGGACAAUGCAGGAGGUGAAUCAGAUGAUCAACAUCAAGAGCAGACUGUCAGUGAAGAUUCUGAAGAAACGCAGAAUAUCGAGGAAAAUCAAAGUGAAGAAGAAAAUGCAGAAGUUAGUUAUCCCGAUACAGCUAUUGAUCUGUCUCAUCUUCAGUCAAAGAGAUCCUUGCAAAUUUAUAGCAGACCUAAAGAAGAACUGGUUGCCGAGGUUGAUGUGAAAUCACAAAGUCGGAAACACCUAUCAACAAAAGAGAGGAAAGAAAUGAAAAAGAGGAAGAAGUUUGAAACAGAAGGCUCAGAAAUAACAGUUCCGUCUGAAGCCAGUAAGGCAUCUGUGGAAGACCUAGAUGUGAAAAUGACUUCAUCUUCACAACAGCCAUUGAAGAGAGGACAAAAGGCUAAACUGAAGAAAAUUAAAGAAAAAUAUAAAGAUCAGGAUGAAGAGGAUCGUGAAUUGAUGAUGAAAUUACUUGGGUCAGCGGGUCCAAGUAAAGAGGAGAAGAUUAAGAAAGGAAAAAAGGGGAAAGCAAAAGAACCGCCUAAGAAACAAGCAGAGAAGAAACAAGCUUUGAAAGAAGCGAUUAUUGUUCAAAGCAAAGUACAUGAUCUGGAGACAGUGACACAUCAAAUGGUAGACGUUGCUCUGGAGAGUAUUCCUGCAGAAGAUCAACAAGAGCAGGAGGAUCCCGAGCAAGACUUGCAGGCAUCUGAGGAGAGCGAGAAGUUGCUGACUUCAUUGUCUGGCCAACCUCACCCUGAAGACGUGUUGCUGUUCUCCAUCCCUUUCUGUGCUCCCUACACUGCCAUGACCAAUUAUAAGUACAAGGUAAAGCUCACUCCUGGCACACAGAAGAAAGGGAAAGCGGCUAAAACUGCCUUGCACAGUUUCCUGCAUUCUAAAGAAUCCUUGCAGCGGGAAAAGGAUUUAUUACGAAGUGUGAAGGACAAUGACUUGUCAAGAAACAUUCCUGGAAAGGUGAAGGUCUCGGCCCCUAACCUAUUAACAAAAAAACGGAAAUAGCCGCACAGGAUUUCCUUUAGCUUGAAUAUAAAUGUCUCCAAGGACUGCCUGACAAAGUAUAAUACAUCUAAUGAUAAAAACUCUUAAGAGCUGCUUUAUUAAAGAUUUAUUUAAUUAUAAUCAGAAUAAGUGGUGAACAGAUCUUUAUUAAUUUUACACUGUUUUGAAAUAAAAUCUAUGAUUGAACAUUC